GUUGUUGCAAGAAAAAGCACUUAGUUAAAAUCUGACAGUCGUACUGCGAAGAAAGUAGGUACUUUUUCAUUGGUGGGGCGUAAUUUUCCUUUCGUUUUCCAAAUAGUUGAGUAACUGCUACAGGAAAAAUAGAAAUCUGUGCUUACGAUCACAAGAGGAAUUUAAUUAGUGAUUAUUGGGUGAACAACUUUUUGAAUAGUCAUCUGAAGAGUUUCAUCAACGUUGUAAUUUGGUAAAUGAUCCUCGACGAAUGAAAAGUCAGAAGGAGUCGAAAGUGAGGGGGAAGUGCGAUUAAUCAGGAGUGUAACUGCGCUUCGAAAAUUUUGCUUUUUUCGGGAUAGCUCACAUCAAAACAUUUGUAUAAUACAUAAUGAGUAAACAUAUGUAUUCGACGGCCAACCUGACCGAUGUUGAACUGAAAGACCAGGGUAAUCGGAUGUUUUCAGCCAGAAAGUAUGACGAUGCCAUCAAUCUGUACACAAAAGCAAUUAUUAAAAAUCCGACCAAUGCAUUUUACUUCACAAAUCGUGCCCUCUGCCAUAUCAAAAUGAAACGAUGGGAGUCUUCCUGUAUGGACUGUCGGCACGCGUUGGACAUGGAUCCCAACUUGGUCAAGGGUCACUUUUUCCUUGGUCUUAGUCUGAUGGAGCUCGAAUCGUACGACGAGGCCAUCAAACACUUGAUGCGGGCACACGACCUAGCCAAGGAACAGAAGCUGAACUUCGGAGACGAUAUCGCCUCGCAACUGCGGUUGGCGAGAAAAAAACGUUGGAAUAUACAAGAGGAAAAGCGUAUCUGUCAAGAAAUAGAACUACAAAGCUAUUUAAACAGAUUAAUAAGUGAGGAUAUGGAGAACAGAAUAGCCAAACUCAAACUAGACGAUACACUUAACGAGGAUGCGGCUCGUGAAAAAACUAUGGAAAUCGAACGUGAAUCUGAAAAUCACACCACCGAACUGAACAACAUUUUUGCAAAGAUCGACGAAAGACGAAGGAAGCGAGAAGUGCCCGACUAUCUGUGCGGAAAGAUCAGCUUCGAGCUGUUGGUUGAUCCUGUUAUUACUCCGUCCGGUAUGACCUACGAGCGUAAGGACAUCGAGGAGCAUUUACAGCGCGUCGGCCACUUUGAUCCCGUCACCAGAGUGAAACUGACGCAGGAUCAACUGAUUUCCAAUUACUCCAUGAAGGAGGUCGUAGAUGCUUUCCUCGCCGAUAAUGAGUGGGCGUUGGAUUACUAAAUUCUUAGAAUGAUACCUGAUAAAAGUUUUAAUUAAAAUAAUGCACUUGGUUGAAGGCGGAGUCCCUUGAUCUUAAUGUAAAGUAGAAAAACUAAUGGUAUAACUCAUGCAAUAGUAAGGACACUUCGUGUUAAAUGAACAACCGAGUUAUAGAUUCAUUCAACCUAGAACUUUUGAAUGUUACAAAUAAUAAUACAAAAAAAACAAACGUUCCUUUUCGGCUAAAAUUGCUCACAGAUUUCGUUAAAUUGUUUAAAAUUGUUACUGCGUCUAAAGGAACUUUCGAUUCAAAACAUCGUACAUGAUACUUCUCUAUGUGAAAUGACCAAUACCCACAAUUGUGAAAAGCGAAGCAUAUUAGACCCAACAUUUUCCUAUUGAUAUUUUUUCAUUAAUUUACACAGAUUUGAUGCUCUCGGGCGUUACUUGCAAAACAGAAGAUGUGAUAGCUUACUACAACAACAUUAUCAUCCAAUUGUAGGCAUACUUUUCUUAUAAACCGUUGAAGGCAUCGUGAGAAAUAUUAUUAUGAUACACAGCAA